UGAAUACUUCGAAUCGUGUUGACCCAACUGAAAAUCAAGCUCCCUGAAGUGUAGCUAAAGCUCGCGCUCUCUCUCUACCAUCAUUCUCUAUUGUGAUUUCUGGAUUAAAAAUCGGAAAGAGUCACUGAGUCAUGGAAGGAGCACUAAUCGAAGUAGUUCUGGAGAAUCUCAACUCUCUGAUCCGAGAAGAGUUGGGAUUGCUAUGGGGCAUCGAAAGGGAGAUGGAAAACCUAUCUAGCUUGCUCUCUACCAUCCAGGACGUUCUGGAAGAUGCAGAGGAGAAGCAACUGAAAGACAAGGUCCUACGCAACUGGCUGCUAAAGCUCAAUGCUGCUGCUUAUGAAGCGGAUGAUAUCUUGGACGAUUGCACAACUGAAGCCUCCCAGCUUCAAAACAAACACCAAACUUUCAUCAAACGCCUGCUAAUUAAUCCUGCAGGUAACGUUUUGUUUCGCCAUAAGAUUGGGAAAAGAAUGAAAGCAGUGAUAGAAAAACUGAAUGCCAUAGCUGAGGAGCGGAUUAAGUUCCAUCUGAGAGAAAUUGGUGAUAGGAUGGCCGUUAAAGUCGAUGAAACGCGGGAAACUGGAUCAAUCUUGACGCAGUCGAGUAUCUUUGGAAGGGAUCAAGAUAAGGAGAGAAUUAUAGAGUGGUUGGUUGACGAAACAAGGGAGGGUGAACAUGUUUCAGUCCUACCUAUAUUAGGAAUGGGGGGUCUGGGAAAGACUACACUUGCCCAGAUGGUUUUCAAUGAGGAAAGGGUGGCUCAACACUUUGAUCUAAGACUUUGGGUUUGUGUUACGAGUGAUUUUGAUGUCAAGAGAGUGCUAAAGGAAAUUUUUGAAUCCGCCACUAGGAAUGGCUCUGGUGCAUUGAAGCUAGAUUCUCUACAGAGAAGCCUUCAAGACUUGUUGAGUGAAAAAAGAUUCUUACUUGUGUUGGAUGAUGUGUGGAAUGAGGAUCAAGAUAAGUGGCAAAGGUUGAAAGAUGUUCUUGCUUGUGGAUUAACUGGCUCUUUCAUCAUCGUCACUACUCGGCUUGAGAAGGUUGCAAUCAUUGCGGGGACUCUACCUACAUAUUGUUUAUCAGGUUUGUCAGAAGAAGAUUCUUGGCUGCUGUUCAAGCAGCAUGCAUUUGGGCAAGAACCAAAAGAAGAAGCCAGACUAGAAAAAAUUGGUAGAGAAAUUGUGGCAAAAUGUGGGGGUGUGCCUCUGGCGACAAAGGCUCUUGGAGGAUUUAUGCGGUUUAAGAAAGAAGAGAGUGAAUGGUUAUUUGUGAAAGAAAGUGAAAUUUGGAACUUGCCUCAAGGAGAGACUUUUAUUUUGCCUGCACUCAGAUUGAGUUAUCAUAACCUUCCUUUUGAGAUGAGAAGAUGCUUUGCAUAUUGUUCUGUAUUUCAUAAGAGCACUCAAAUUAAGAAGGAAAAGCUGAUUCAUCUUUGGAUGGCAAAUGGAUUCAUUUUAUCCCGUGGAAAUUUGGAGAUGGAGGAUGUUGGAAAUGAGGUGUGGAAUGAGUUGUACAUGAGAUCCUUUUUUCAUGAUGUGAGGAAGAAUGACUUUGGGGAUGUUACUUUCAAAAUGCAUGACCUUAUUCAUGAUCUUGCCCAUUCUGUGAUGGAGGGAAGCAGGUCAAGCCAGCAGAUCUUACUGAGAGAUCAUUAUCUAUCACUACCACCUGUUACCACAACUCUAAUACUUGAGGAUCCUUCAAAAUUCAGUCGUCUUCGAGUGUUGGAUGCAAGUCGGCAGUGGGGAAGUUUCACAGAAGUGCCAUCUGUUAUCGGCAGUCUGAAGCACCUAAGGUACUUAAAUCUCUCGUAUACUGAAAUUCAAACAUUACCUGAUACGAUAUGUGAUCUUUGGAACUUACAGAUUCUAAAUCUGGACUACUGUUGUGAGCUUCAAAGUUUACCCAAGCGCAUUUGUAGCCUUAAAAAUCUCCGGCAUCUUUGCUUGCUAGAUUGUCCCCUAAUUGGAAUGCCCCCUAGUAUUGGUCAGUUAACUUGCCUAAAAACAUUAAACAAGUUUGUUGUUGGGAAGCAAAGAGGUUUUAAGAUUAGUGAAUUGCAAGACUUGAAUCUUAGAGGUACUCUUCAUAUCACAAAUUUGGAGAAAGUGAAAAGCAGUGAGGACGCGAAAGAGGCCAAUUUAGAAGGAAAAAAAGAUCUUCGACACUUGUCUAUGUCAUGGGAUUCUGAAGAAGGUACUAGUAAUGCAGAAAAUGAUGUUGAUCAUGACAUAGUUAAGUAUCUUGUUCCUCCUUCCCAACUUCAGUCUUUGAGGAUAUAUGGCUUCAGAGGUACAUCUUUUCCAUUUUGGAUGAGCAGUCCAAUAAUGAAGGAUGUUGUCGAUAUUUCUUUAGAAAACUGCAAAAAUUGUGUCAAUCUUCCACCAUUUGGGGAGCUACCUUUACUGAAAUCUUUGCGUUUAGAAGGGCUUCCUAUUGAGUAUGUUGACAAUGAAUUACAAGGCGAAGGCUUGAUCAGAAUGAGGUUCCCAUCAUUGACUUCACUCAAUAUGAAUGACCUUCCAAAGCUAAGAAAAUUGUCCAGGCAGGAAGGACAAGAGCUAUUCCCUCACCUCCGCAACUUGGACAUAAGCAACUGCCCUUUGUUUAUGUCUGUGCCUGAAAACUUACUGAACAACCUCAAUCAUUUGGAGUCAUUAUAUAUUAGCUGUCUUGAAACGCUUCAAAUGCUGCCUACAAGCCUUUCAAGCUUGACUCAUCUCCAGUAUCUGUACAUAAGUCGCUGUCCUAACCUCGUGUCGCUUCCACAAAGCAUUCAGAGAAUGGGAAGUCUUAAAAUCUUGCUAAUAACCGGAUGCCCAGAACUGCAAAGGCGAUACGAUAAGGGAAAUGGGGAACACUGGGAUUACAUAGCUCACGUUCCAAAAGUGUGUAUUACUCCAUAGAAUACAAUCAAGAUAAGGUCCAUUUCUCUUCCUCUUCAAUGCUUUGAAAUGCAUUACCCUCCAGGUUCUUGUACUGUGAACCUUUUGUUUCUGCCGUGAAAUUGGAUUUCGCAGUGAAUAUAGAUUUCAGAUGGAAACAAAUUGACACCAGAGGUAUGUCAUGGUGUCUUCUCUAGUUUAAGAAUUAAAGAGUAAUUGAUUUUCUAUUCCUACCAAUCUAUGAAUCUUCUCUAAUGGAAUAAAUAUGGUACAAAACAAUCUCUAUUGAAAAAACACUUGAUGCCAUGAAUGGAUCAACCUCAAGUUGUUUGUAAAGUCAGGCAUGCACUAUCUGCUUUUCAAAACUAAACUAAAACAGAACCACGUAGUUGGAAGUUUGCGAUGUGCAAAACUAUCAUCUUAUUUGUUACUUGUUAGGAUCAAGUGCUUAUCACUACGCAAAAAGCUAUAGCUAGUAGCGAAGGUGCAAUUUUAUUUUCUUAUACCACCACACAUUUUCGAGAUGCUGGGUGCUGGGCUUGGCCCUUUUAAGUCCUUUAACGGCUUCCGCCCAACACUAUUAAAUAAAAAAUUGGACCAGUUAGUUUUCUUCUCGUCUUCGCUCUAUGUUGUAACAUCUGUGUGCUACAAGAAGCCUGAUUAACAUCCUUGACCCUGGAUAAAUCCACCUUUGAUAUAGGUAUAUGAGAAGUAUUACAUCUGCAAAGCAAGAAGACAGACAUUAACAUGAUAUUAUCUAAGUCAAGAUAGGCUUUUUUUUUUUUUUUUUAAUAAAAAUGAAAUACAAAAUUUUCUGUUUAGAAUGAACCAUUUUCUGUCAAGGUAAAGCGCAUGUUUGUUGGAGUUUGAUAUUAUUAUUUGCUCCACUUAUUGGAUUGUGAAUUACUAUGUAUGUAUAUUUAGAAUUGCACCUUUCCACUUGACCUGAAUUGGCAGCUAUAUGCCCCUUCUUGGU